ACUUAGUCUAGCGUAAUGUUCCAUUUACCAUAAGUCAACUAAUAAACACAAAGAGUGUAAUAGGGAGAGAGACCAAAAAACUUGUAUAAAAUGCCAAGACUCGACGCCACAAAUUAAGCACAAAAACGAAGUUAAAAUAGGUUUUCUUUCCUCAAACAACCCCUGAAUCUGAAUCAUUUUUGAGAAUGAAGCAAAAGAUAGUUAUAAGGGUGUCAAUGGACUGCGACAAAUGCAGAAGAAAAGCCUUCAGAAUCGCGGUAGAUGCAAAUGGUGUGAGUUCAGUAGCUUUGGAAGGGGAUAAUAAAAUGACAGUGACCGGAGAAAGAGUGGAUUCAGUGUCCUUGGGUAGGGCGUUGAGGAAGAAAUUGGGGCAUGCCGUGAUCGAGAGUGUGGAAGAAGUGAAAGACAAAAAGGAGAAAAAAAAGAAAGAGAAAGAAGAAGAAGAAGAUGAAGAAAACGAUGAAAUCCUAUUACCAUGGUAUUCAUAUGCACCGUAUCCCCCAGCUGUUGCAUGUGUUCAUCAUGAAUAUGAUAGUGGCUGCACUGUUAUGUGACCAUUGUUAUAAUAUAUAUUUUAGUUUUUUCUUCUUUCAA